CUUCUCUUGCUCGUCGCGCUACGUCUAAGGAAACUUUGGUCACUUCUGUUGUUAAUCUAGCUUUCGGAGACACACAUCUCCCAUUUCUGUUUACUAACUGCUUAUUUAUUUGACUAGCUUUUAAGAGAUGUGGUUUAUAUAUUUACUCAGCUGGUUGUCGCUGGUGAUACAGAUAUGUUUUGUUACCCUCGCUAUUGCUGCGGGCCUUUAUUAUUUGGCAGAAUUAAUAGAGGAGUACACAGUGGCCACCAGCCGCAUUAUAAAAUAUAUGAUUAUGUUCUCCACAGCUGUGCUGGUUGGGCUCUACCUGUUUGAGGGCUUCCCCACACUCAUGAUUGGAAUCGGUCUCUUCACUAACCUGGUGUACUUUGGUUUGCUGCAGACGUUUCCUUACAUUAUGCUCACCUCACCAAACUUUAUCCUCUCAUGUGUACUGGUUGUGUUAAACCACUAUAUGGCCUUCCAGUAUUUUGCAGAGGAGUACUAUCCUUUCUCUGAGGUUUUAGCAUACUUCACAAUGUGCCUGUGGGUGAUCCCAUUCUCUUUCUUCGUUUCUCUUUCUGCUGGGGAAAAUGUCCUGCCAUCUACUAUGCAGCAGGGAGAUGAUGUGGUGUCAAAUUACUUUACAAAAGGGAAGCGGGGAAAACGCUCAGGCAUCCUGCUCAUAUUCUCAGUUGUGAAGGAAGCCAUUUUGCCGAGCCGACAGAAGAUGUACUAAAGAAGUUUAAGUGAAUACAUAUCAGACGAAUGGGGCUUGGCAUUGGGGUUAUUCAGAUCACCUGCUCCUUCAGAUGAACAGCAUCAUCAUUUUAUGAGGGGGGAUUUGUGAAGAUUAUCAUGGGAUGAAUCUGUAGCCAAGGGAAAGGACCAUAUCUAAACAAGUGCACAUAAAACUCCUGGAAUGAACUUGUCGAUUUAUGCGAGAGUCACGGCAGUAGCCAGCUAAUUUUUCUUAGGCGUCCCAAGCCAUAAGAGAACUCCAGAAGUCUUUAAUCUUUAAAGGCUUAAUCUUUUGACAUUUGAUGGUGUCAGUAUAUGAAUUAUUGUGGAAGGGCUUUGGCUUCGGUCGUGAUGGCAGUGCUGCCUGUAGAAGCUCCUGGUGAUUUUCUUCUAAUUGUGUCAAUUUUAAAGGCAGUGUUUAUGCUCAUGAAUAAAUCGAUGUGUCUGGGUUUUUGUUUGCAUUUUAAAGGAAUGUUUUACCCCAAAUCCAACGUAUGUUCUUCUGUUAGUCCACUGUCGGUGCAUAGUGUCUUGCAAGUAUUCGUUGUAAGCUUUAUCGUUAAAAGAAUGGUUUAAGAACUGAAAAUUCUGUUGUUUACUCACCACCAUGUUUCUCUGAAUGAAAGUUUGUGUUACUUUCUUUAUUCUAUAGAACACAAAGAAAGAAUUUCUGAACAAAUUGUUCAUGCUGCGUAUUUAUAGAAUGAUAGUCAAUAGGGAGGGAAAUGUUGAAGGGAUAGUUCACCUUAAAAUUAAAAUUCUGUCAUAAUUUUCUCAUCCUCAUGUUGUUCUUAACCUGUAUGAAUUUCUGAUAAACACAAAAUAUAUUUUGAUAAAUGAUGGUAACCACACAGCUGAUUGUAACCACUGACUUCCAUAGUAGGAAAAACAAAUAUGAUGGAAUUCAAUGGGUACUGUCAACUGUGUGCUUUCCAUCAUUUAUCAAAAUAUCCUCUUUAUAAUUUAUCACAAUAUUUGAAAUAUUUGUUGUCCUACUAUGGAAGUCAAUGGUUACAAUCAGCAGUGUGCCUACCAUCAUUUAUCAAAAUAUCUUUUGUAUUCAUCAGAUAAAAAGAAAUUCAUACAGAUUUAGAACAACAUAAGGAAAUGACAGAAUUUUAAUUUUUGGGUAAACUAUCCAUUUAAGCUCCAAAAUAAUAACAAACCUACAAGAGUUUUCUGUAACUUAAAUGUCUGGAAUUAUUUGUCUCCAUAUAAUAGCUCUCUUGGCAACUCACAAUUAAUUUGUUAUUAAAUACAAAGAAGCAAUCUUAUUGGUUACAUUUGUUCUUGCACACAUAUGUAGCUUCACGUUACUUUGGAUGUAAAGUAUAAGGAUACCUUUUGUAAUGCUUAUUUUGGAACUUUAUGACAAGACAUUGUUAAUUGGUAAAUUUCUUAUUUUGAUUCACGACAAACAGUAAACAGAUUUGGAACAACAGGGUGAAUGUUAUUUUUUUGUUUACUUAUUCUUAUAAACUUGCACCAUUCCAAUUAAUGUUUUGAUAUAUUUUCAUUAACUGGAAAUUGAACAUCUGAAACUUUUGUUAGAAUAGAGCAGUUUUUGUAAAAGUGGCGGAGGUUCGUGCAAAUUAAAUGUUACCAGUUGGUAGUGUGACAGCAGAUUGCAAAAGCUAGAUUUUUUGGUGAAAUAUUGCUUAAAAUGUUAUGUUGCAGGCUGCUUAAUUUUGUGUGCCGUACAAAAAUAAAACAAAACUUGGUUGUAUGAACUUUUGAUAGGUAAACACAAUUACAGUAUGUACACUGUCAAAAAUUACAAAAGCUGUCACUGGGACGGUACCCUUCAAAAAGGUCCCAUUUACCAUUUGGGUACAGAUAUGUGCCCUUUACUAAAAUGCACAUUUCAGCCUGAAGUAUAGUUCUGUUUAUACGUAUACGCGAGGGUGUGUGUACAGUGCGCAUGAAGUGAAUUUCAUCAUCAGAAUAGCCGGAUUUUCAUAACCAUGCAUAUUUUGUACCCGUAGGUCAUGCAUGCACAUACAAGAGUAUAUAGGCCAGGAGAUGACGAGAUGUAUUGCAUUUUUUCACAAUGCACAUGAGUGGAACGUGUGUACAUGUACUAGUCAAAUAAAUCAUACUUUGCAAGGUUGUGCAUUCGACUGUGCAUGAACACUCACGUAUAUCUAAAAACUAUACUCCAGGUGUACUUUUUGAAAGGGUACUGACACCAUGCCACCUUGGAUUCAGCAAAAUGUGGUGAAAUUUUACUUUAAUUUUUUCGAAAUUUUAAUUAUGUAAUAUAGCUCUUUCAUCAAAGCAGAUUUUU